UAAUUCCACAUUCAACUUUCAAUGUAUGUACAUUAUUACAUACAAAUUGUUAAUCAGGUAUAUCUAGUUAAGAAUAGAAAUAAUAUUAACAUAAUUGUGUGGUUAUAAUGAAUUAUUUUUUUUAGUAGCUAAUUAUGAAGAAUGUCAUUUCCUACUUUAUCAUUGUUUCCUCGGUCAACAAUGAAAAUAUCCAAACAAUCGUCCCAAAGUCAUGGAUAAUUAAUAAGGAGUCAGGAAAUCCUAUAGUUGGAAAAAUGUACGAAUGGUAUUGGCCAACUGAACAUGGAACUAAAAAAUCUGAACAAAAUGUUAAAGUGGAUUAUAAUUGGGAUAAAAAAAUUGGUCAGGUUCUAGAUAUAACCGAUUCUUAUUUAGAAGCAAAUUUUAUUGUUAUCAAAAUUAAAGUCAAUCAAAGUAAAUUUGCCAUAAUUGAAUUUGUAAAUGAAAAAUCUAUUGAAGUGGUACCUUGUAGUUGGAUUAAAGUUGAUCAUAUAUCAAAGCGUUUUAUUUGCUGUUGGCCUGGAAGCAAAAAUGUAUCUAAGUUUGCUUUAUCACAAAAAAAUCCAGUCAAUUCGUGGGAAGAACACGACUGUCUUCCACGUAAAUUUUUCGAAACUCAUGCAUUGGCGAAGAAUAAAAUAUUAAAUUUUUGUUACACCAGCUCAACAGAAAUAGAAGGUACAGAAAACCGUAGAAAACAUAUAAAGAGGAAACGUUUUAACUCCUAUAGCAGUGAUGAAGAUCUUAAUAAUGACUCUAGAAAAGAAAAACAAAUAUUGAAUACCUAUUUAAGUAAAAAGAAAACACAAAACAAAAAAGUAACUAUUGAUUCAAAUUAUAGUGAUGAAAGUGACUCAAUAUUCAACACCAAAUUUAAAAAUGUUGUAGAUACAGUUCCACAACCAAUAGAAUCGUACUAUGAAAAAAAUAUACGGAACCCGAUAUUGAGUCCUUCCACUUUUCUAUCAAACGCUCCGAUUAUAGUUAUCGAUACUUCGAAACAGAAUGAUUCGGCUACAGCCUCAGCAGUAGAUGUUCAAUUGGAAAUUGAGGCAUCGGAAUCCUUUACAGGUGUAACUGCUUAUUGUUUAUUAAUUCAUGAUCGUAUCGUAGAAUAUGUACCUUUUACUAGAGAAGUAAGAAAACUUGUGUAA